CCUUGAUCCGUGACUUGAUAUUGAUCUUUAGCCUACCGUACAUCGGUGCUGCUUAAAUUCUGCAUGCGUUCUCACCUCUGGUCUAUUUAAAAGCUAAUAACUUGGUGCGUUACCCGAAGGCAGGGAACUAGAGGCUUCUCGGCCUUCUCUGACACGAAUCACCCCGACUCAUGCCAAUAAAUAACCGAGUUCCUCUGCAUUUCAAUAUCUAAACCCACACGACUUCACUCCUCCAACACAAUGCUCGCAUCUCUUCUCUCAGUAUCCAAAGGCUUUAGGACCGUUCUGUGCAAGAGACCGGUCGCACCGCAACGGAAUUACGCGCUUCAAUCGUACCCCAGUCAGGCUCUGGGACAACCCUCAGUCGACGCCUUCCUGGAACCCAACACGUCCACCUGGCAAUACGUGGUUCACGAUCCUGUUUCAAAGGACGCAGCCUUGAUCGACACCGUUCUGGACUACAAUGCAGCCUCUGGCCAGAUAUCGACCAAGGCGGCCGAUGCUAUUCUCUCAUUUGUCAAGGAUCAGGGGCUGCACGUGAAAUAUAUCUUGGAAACCCACGCUCAUGCGGAUCAUCUGUCAGCUGCUCAAUACCACAAGAAGAUGUUGAACGCUCCUGUGGCCAUUGGCUGCCGCAUUGGCCAGGUCCAGAGCACUUUCGCGUCGAGAUAUGGGUUCACUCACCCAUAUCUUGAGGGGAGUUUCGACAUUCUGCUCCAAGACGACGCGACGUUCGACUUGGGAUCCCUCGUGUGCAAAGUGGUCCAUCUACCCGGACACACACCUGACCACAUCGGGUAUGUUAUCGGCGAAGCCAUAUUCACGGGGGAUUCGAUCUUCCAGCCUGACGUUGGAUCCGCUCGCGUUGACUUCCCAGGUGGCGAUGCGAAAGCUCUUUUUUCGACGAUCCGUCGCCUGCUGGCAUUCCCACCCUCGUAUCGGCUGUUUGUGGGACACGACUAUCCAGCUGAUCGGCCUCAUCAAUGCGCAAGCACAGUGGAAGAACAGCGUCGCUUGAACAAACAUGCCAAUGAUAAAGUAUCCGAGGCCCAAUUCACCGAGUUCAGGACCGCGCGUGAUCGAGUCCUGGGGGCCCCGACGCUGUUGCAUCCCUCCUUGCAAACCAACAUCAGAGCCGGGAAGCUGCCGUACUCUGACGCCAGUCCCUUGCACUUCAAAAUCCCUGUCACUUCUCCCGUAGAUAUCUAGCAUCGAUAUCUACACAAUCUAAUCUAAUCCAAUAUGAUCAUGUGCUCUAAUCCACAUCCGCAUUAGGCAGAAAUCACUUCGCCGGAACGUCUAGGACGGCAUUGCUCUCUUCUGCGACCGCUCUCGCUCGGCUGCGAUGGGUGUCCUCGGGAAGUUCUCCAAUUCGACCAAGAAUCUCCUCGCUGGCCGGGAUGUGACUCCCCAACAACCCGAACGGCUUCCCCUCGCCGAGGAGGAAGGGAUCCAGGAAUCGGGACUGGAAACGACGCCUGCUUCCACCAAGGUGGACAGCCCCGUUACGGAGAAAGCAAGCGGACCCAAGCCCCGUCGGCUCUCCUUACGUGUAUUCGGCCCGGCGCACAGCAAGCAACCUAAACCUGCGCUGUCCGAAGCUCGGGAACGCGAAAAGAAGGACAAAGCUUCGAGUGCCCUGGCCAAGCGCAUAUCCAAACCAUUGUCCUCCAAUGCGGAUAAACGCGCAAAAGAAUCUGCGCUCAUCGUGCGAACAUUGAUCACUGGUGCCCCUGGAGCUAUGGCAAAUGGGAGCAAGAAGGCGUCCCAUCUAAACCAAGUCAAGUCGGAGCUCUCUCAGCCCACCUCUGCGAACAGAGUGAUUGCACAACUUCGGACGCUCCCUUCGACGGCGCCGGGAACCGCACUUGAGGAAGAGUCGGACGCCAGCAGCCCCGCUGUUCCGAUUCACGCUGUAUGCCUUGCUCAUCCAGACGAGAAGGAGCACGAACUGCACUUUUCCAAGCUGAGCCCCGAAGAUCACGACGGGGUAUCGCACUACAUUCCCAGUAUCGCGCUCACGUCCAUCGAAACUCUGCAGAACACGUUCAGGGAGAUGCAUAUCGUCGACUUGGUCUCUGACCCAGAUCUGGGUCUUGGCCAGCCGGGGGACGGGGAUGGGCUACUCGCGGGGGCUCUUCCGACUCCCGAGACGGUGAUCAAUGGAAUCGAGGAGAUCACGCCUCAGCUUAUGGCGCUGGGCUAUGCCACUGGCAAAGCUAUGCUUCCGGACCACAAAGGUGUCCAUCCGCCAACGGACCGCAUGUCCGUUCUGACGUACUGGUGGGGCCUUGAGCUCGUGCUGCCGCCCCCUUCACUUGCGUACUUGAAGAAAUCACAGUCCGUCGCAACGGCCCUGGUUAAUUUCCUCACCGCUGUCUCUGUGAUGAACAAGGGCGUUCGGGAGCUGCUACCGUUCGUUCGGUAUAUCUCCCAGUUCAUUGACUUCGAGUUCUCGACAAUCCGUGGCCAAGACAAAGGGAUGGGUGUUGUCUGCGCCGCCACCUGGUUGAUGCCAGCGGCUCUCGUUCCACGGCCAUGGGACUUUCCUCCGCCAGAAGUCAAACAAGAUGCGAAGCUCGAGAUCGAGCCGGUUCCAGGGCAGCCAGAGGCUGCCCUGCCACUGCCGUUAUCUUCAUCUCCCCGAGCCGCUGUCUCGGAACCCGAUCUGACACCUGAUCCCGCUCAUGCUUCCCGAAUGAAUCCACCGAUUGCUCUCUCUCCCGGUCACAAUAUGAUUCGGACACCGCGCAUGGCUAUGGCCUGA